AAUAGAAAUAUUUUCUGGAGAAGUUUUGUGGGUGGAGGGGGGGAUAGGGGAAACGGAGAUGGGAGAAUGAAAAAAAUCGAAUUAUUGUCGAACGAAACGUCUGGGCUCUCUCCCUUUCUCCGUGAAAGGAAGUCAAAACAGGUUUUCACUAGAAACAACGUUUUCAACAAUUACAUUCCGCUGUAAAAUUCAGACGAACGAUGGAGAUUGCCGAUGAGGGAGGUACUGUCGCGACGACUCCGACAGGAUACACAACAGAAUUGAGUAGCAAUGUCUCUGGUACUGGGUCCAGAUCCACCGCGUUUACCAAUUCAAAUGCUGAGUUUCCGCUGUCAACUAGUCCUCCGGAAUCGACCUCUCAGAGUGUGAACACGGUGGGAAUUUCUGUACGUUUCAGAACUUGUUUUAUACGAAUUGAAAAUGCUAGAGGAAAUAAUUUAUCCUCACCAAAUAUAUUUUUCACUCAGUAGGCAUAUGUGGUACCGCCACGAGAACCGAAUGUAGAGGUCAUUGAUGCCUUGACUAUAGUACCAGAAUAUAAGGUGAUCAAAGAGAGAGAAAAAAGGAAGAGAAUAUACCUUAUCGGAGGAAUAAUUCUAAUUGCGGUGUUUGUGCUAGUCGUGGUUGCAAUUGUUGUUUUAACACGAAAUAGAGAAGCAAAAAAUGAUGAAUCAAAUUCUGUUUUGACUCCUGGCCAAAAUCCUACGAAUGCUCCUUCCUAUCAAGCACCUUCCGAAUCUCCAACCGCUAGCAACUUUGUAGAAAUUCUUUCGACGAUUGGAAGUUUUUACGACGAGAAUGGCCAAUUUGCCGCUAUUUUUUCCAACGAAUCGUCACCGCAAUAUCGAGCGGCCACGUGGGUCGCCGAUACCGCUUCGAUUGCUGGGGUUAUUGGAAACACUAAUCGAAUCAUCAAUAGAUUCUCUUUGGCGACGUUAUACUUUGCAACCAAUGGUGAUGAUUGGCAUAAGUGCGGCAGAGGAUCUACAUACUGCGAUUCUUCUGAAGAAUGGUUGACAGCAACGAACGAAUGUGACUGGUAUGCCAUAGAGUGCAACGAUGAUGAUUCCAGCAUUACAAAGAUAUUUUUUCGUAAGUUUAGUAGUUUGUGCUGUAGCUGUUCGUCGCCCAUGAUGUAACCGAUCUUUUUUGGUGUAUAGUAUCAAUCAACUCACACCAAACAACGUUUCUAGCAGCUUCGAACGGCGGAAAGUCAAAUAACAUACGAGGUACUCUGCCGUAUGAAAUCUCUUUUCUAUCGAAGCUGACUGUGCUCAUCAUACCCAGAGGACCAGUAUCUGGGGCGUUUCCUGAUUGGUCGAAACUGUCUAAUUUGGAACAUGUUCUGAUGAAUAACAACCGAAUCAGUGGUGAAUUUCCACAGUAUCUAAUCCGACAGAACCCAAUGCUCAAAACUGUUCAGUUCAACAACAACAAUUUUCAAGGGCAUCUGCUUCGAGAAGAGUUAUCGAUUGAUUCUACUUCGCUCUUGGACCUCAGUUUAAAUGGAAACAACAUUACGGGAUCUAUCCCAUCACAAAUUAGCAAACUAUCCCUGCUGAGUAAGUCGAUGAAUCUUUGUUGCUSCUGAAUUUCAAGGGUCUCUACUAUCUCGAAAUCACUCAUCGGUGUGCUCUUUGCUAUUCAAUACAGCAACAUUUAAUUUAGGUGAUAAUGGAUUCACGGGCAUCAUACCACAAGAACUAUAYACUCUCACUUAUCUCAAAUCAUUUAACGUGAGCAAUACGCUUUUGGACGGAGAAUUAUCUCCAUCUAUUGGCAAUUUUUCGCAACUUCUUUCUUUCGAUGCAGCAAACACGGAUAUAGGCGGUACUUUGCCAAUAUCAUUUUUCUCGUUAUCCAAUCUUCGGUUUGUAGACUUCAGUUUUGGGAAAUUCAAUGGGUCCUUGCCAGAAUUAUUUUCCGAGCUGACAAAUCUCGAUACUGCUGUAUUGCACAACAAUGGUUUUACAGGUACAAUUCCUGUAGGCUUUGUGCGCCUCCCUUUCCUUGGUAAGUUCCGUUAUGAUCGGUCUAUUUUAAAGCUGACCGAAUUCGAAAUUCUCAUCAAUAUUGUCCACGAAUGAAACUCCAGAAAAAUUAGAGCUCCAUUUGAAUAACCUCAGUGGCAUUGUAUCAGAWCAAUUGUGCGGUCGUCGCGUGGAAGGAUCUGGGAAAAUUCAAAUUCUUACUGUUGAUUGUGAGAAGGUAUCUUGUUCGUGUUGUACAAACUGUCCUGAAGACAGGUAAAAAAAUCUAAUCUCCCAAMUAGAGUAUUCAUACUAUCCAUACUUUCCUAUCAAUCGGAUCUUUAAGCAUGCACUCACAAUCAAAUGCUAAAGAUCGC